GGUUGAGAGAUAUUCAGUUUCUAGAAACGAUCUCGACAAUUGAAUAGAGUGUAAUUAAGCACAUACCUCUUUCGUAUAAUUCGUUCCUCUCGUCACAAUGUCCGCAAAGGCAAUCUUCGAGGCCGACGGCAAGGCCAUUCUUAACUACCACCUCACUCGCGCUCCCGUCAUCAAGCCGAGUCCCCUUCCCAAGCCCACGACACACAACCCGCCGCCGAAGCUGGCCUCACUCUACUUCCCCGAGGAUGCCGACGUCAACGCGGUGCUGAACCAGGCUGAGAUCACGUACCCGUGGUUACUUCACAGCGGCGCCAAGUUCGUUGCAAAGCCUGAUCAGCUGAUUAAGAGGCGAGGCAAGAGUGGUCUUCUGGCCCUUAACAAGCCCUGGCCUGAGGCGAAGGAGUGGAUUGCCCAGCGCGCCGGCAAGGUACAGAAGGUCGAACACACCGAGGGUGUUCUGCGCCAGUUCCUCGUGGAGCCCUUCGUACCUCACCCGGAUGGCACUGAGUACUACAUCAACAUAAACUCAGUUCGAGAUGGAGAUUGGAUUCUCUUCACCCACGAAGGUGGUGUCGACGUUGGUGAUGUCGAUGCUAAGGCCGAGAAGCUACUCAUUCCUGUUGACCUUUCGCAAUAUCCCUCUAACGAUGAGAUUGCCAACACGCUGUUAAAGAAGGUCCCCAAGGGUGUUCACAAUGUCCUAGUUGACUUCAUUACCCGUCUAUACGCGGUAUAUGUUGACAGCCAGUUCACCUACCUUGAGAUCAACCCCCUAGUUGUCAUCCCCAACGCCGCUGGCACCUCAGCUGAAGUUUAUUUCCUCGAUCUUGCUGCUAAGUUAGAUCAAACCGCCGACUUUGAGUGUGGCGUAAAAUGGGCCAUCGCGCGGUCACCUGCAAACCUGGGCAUUACUGCUGUCUCUAGCGCUGGUGACAAGGUCAGUGUUGAUGCUGGUCCUCCCAUGGAGUUCCCCGCGCCUUUUGGUCGUGAACUUACCAAGGAGGAAGCCUACAUUGCUGAGCUGGACGCUAAGACCGGUGCUUCUCUGAAGCUCACUGUCCUAAACCCUAACGGCCGCAUCUGGACUCUGGUUGCUGGUGGUGGUGCUUCCGUCGUCUAUGCUGAUGCUAUCGCGUCUGCCGGCUUUGCCGACGAUUUAGCCAAUUACGGUGAAUACUCUGGUGCUCCCACCGAGUCUCAGACCUACUACUAUGCCCGUACCGUCUUGGAUUUGAUGCUGCGUGCUCCUAUGGACCCCAAGGGCAAGGUUUUGUUCAUUGGUGGCGGUAUUGCCAACUUCACAAAUGUGGCGUCCACUUUCAAGGGUGUCAUCCGGGCACUUCGCGAAUAUGCUAAGCAAUUGAACGAGCACAACGUCCAAAUUUGGGUCCGUCGCGCCGGCCCUAACUACCAGGAAGGUCUCAAGAACAUGAAGGCUGCGACACAAGAGCUUGGCCUGAACGCCAAGAUCUUCGGCCCCGAGAUCCACGUUUCCGGUAUUGUGCCACUUGCUCUCGUCCCUGGGCGAUGGGAAGAAAGCAAACUACAAGAGUUCCAGGGUUAAACGCCGAUAUCAGAAUUUAUUAAUCUCAGUUUUCCCAAUUCGAGGCGUAAAACACGUACAGAUAUGGGUAUGAUGGAAUGGUUUUAUAUGUGACUACCCAACCACGGUUAUGUACGCUUGAGGGUAGAGGGUCGGAUCUAAUUAGCAUAGAUCUGAUUGUUGAGCGUGAAACUCUAGAUGAUACUAGUUUUACUAGUUAUAGAUGCCUCUUCACGAGUCAAAUACAAUAGACUGACGUAAUUCCCCAUGUAUUUCUGCGUUUAUCUAUACAAGCCUUACCUAUAUAAGUCCAAAGAACCUCUAUCAUAGUGCGUGAUAUAAUUUCCCCAGCAAGAUCUAAGAUCAUCGGCAAAAUUAAGUCUAUCUAUAGUGGUGAAAUAUUUUUAUUGAUUCAUAGCCAACAUCGCAAACUUACGUGUAGUAAUCAUUCAAGUUAGGAGGUAGUUAAUC